AUGUCCUUCUCUCAGUUCGGAUACCCCUACAGCACCACUUCACAGUUCUUCGUGCCCGCCAGCCCCAGCACGACCUGCUGCGAGGCCGCCCCCCGCUCCGGGCCGGAUGCCUCCUCGGCGCCGGCCGCCGCCUCCCUGUGCUGCGCCCCGUACGAGAGCCGGCUGCUGGCGCCCGGCCGCGCCGAGCUCAAUGCCGCGCUGGGCAUGUACAGCGCCCCGUACGCCGCCGGCCAGGGCUACGGCAACUACCUGCCCUACGGCACCGAGCCCGCCGCGCUCUACACCGCGCUGAACCCCCAGUAUGAAAUCAAAGACGGCGCCGGCACGUUGCACUCGGGGAUCGCGCAGCCCGCUACCUACUACUCCUACGAUCAUUCCUUGGGGCAGUACCAGUACGACAGGUACGGGACGGUGGAUUUCGGUGGUUCAGCCAGGCGCAAAAACGCAACGCGAGAGACGACGAGCACCCUCAAGACCUGGCUGUACGAGCAUCGCAAAAACCCCUACCCCACCAAAGGAGAGAAAAUCAUGCUGGCUAUCAUCACUAAAAUGACCCUGACGCAAGUGUCCACUUGGUUUGCUAACGCCAGACGGAGGCUCAAGAAAGAAAACAAAAUGACCUGGUCUCCCAAGAACAAAGCGGGGGAAGAGAGGAAAGAAGAAGCCCCGAGGGAAGAGGAUGAAUACAGUGCGGAGGGUGAAGGCAGAGAGCACAAGAGCUACAAGGACGACAAGGACCUGCAGUUCAGCGACCUGGAGGAGGAGGAAGAAGAGGAGGAGGAGGAGGAGGCGGGGAAGCAGGAGAAGGGCCGGACCAGCUCCCUGCAGGAAGCCCCCAGCCUGGGCGCGGCGCUGCCCGACGCUCCGCGAAGCGACUGCAGCCUGCCCGGCCCCUUCCACGCCUUUCCUUGUGCCAAGGCCCCCGCGGCGGACUUCGCCCCCGCCUCCUCGGCCGGCCCGCCGCCGCCCUACGCGCCCGCGGAGAAGCCGCGCAUCUGGUCGCUGGCGCGCACCGCCGGGGCCAGCGCGGCGCGCAGGGGCAGCCCCGAGGGCCGCGGCGUGGAGGGAGGCGGCGGCGCGGCGGGGGAACACCCCCUGCCCGCCAAGGCCUUCCGGAGCUCCGCGUUCAACCUGCAGCCGCUCCCGCGAAGCUGCGCGUCCCACCGCGGCCUGGGGGAGCCGUGCCAGUUCGCGGCGGCGGGCGAAGGCUUCGGGCGGGGCGCCAAGGGCGGCCCGGGAGGCACCGAGCUGGGUGAGACCUGCCUGGACAGGCUGCGGACGGCGUUCCGGCCCGUGCUGCGGAGGUGA